GUGAGGUCUAGACAAGGAGCAGUGGAGAAAGUAGUGCGUCUGCAUUCUCAUCAACGGCGAUUUGAUGUGAGCAGGCUGCGUAGUUCCCCAGUAACUGUACCAACAAAGUGACGGUGGCCUGUCGUCGGACCCGGUCAUCGAUUCAGCGUUCAUCUGGAGUAGAAAGUAUUUAGAACAAAAAUGUUCAAGGACGCCUUCUAGAAGAAAUUGUAAUGUGGACUCGUCACGCUGAGGAUUUGCCGUAUUUCCUCUGCUGUAGUCUUCACCAGGAGCCCUCAUGUCGACCUGGAUCGUGGACCAGUACAUCCACGGGGCCAGUUGCACUAUCCUGCAUCAUGGAAUGCGCACGUCUAAACUUUGAAUUUCCGGUCGGGCUUGGUGGCAGCACGGGAAGCAGCAGAGACUGAGGUUAAAGAGGAAUAUCUUCUCCCGCUCCGUGUACUUGUGGAUGUAGGACGCCUGUGUCAGUGCACGGCGCGCGCACCUCGGGGACCUACGGCGCUGGGUGUGCUGGGAUGCUCGCUUCCUUUUCAGCUGCCAGCUGCGGUUUCUCUAGUAAGACCGGUGCUCUUGCGGGAUGGCCCGCGUUGAAGACGAGGUCUCCGGCCGCUAUGGAGGCAGCUGUUCCACGGGCCCGAGCAGAGGGGCCGGCCGGCCCCCGGGAAUCCAGCGGGUGUACAAGCAGACGAUGGCGCAGAGAGCCAGGACCAUGGCCAUUUACAACCCCAUUCCGGUCAAACAGAACUGCCUAACCGUUAACCGCUCUCUGUUUACCUUCAGCGAAGAUAACAUCAUACGGAAAUAUGCCAAAAGGAUCACAGAGUGGCCUCCAUUUGAGUACAUGAUCCUGGCCACCAUUAUAGCAAACUGCAUUGUGCUGGCUCUGGAGCAACACCUUCCGGCCUUGGACCAAACACCAAUGUCAAAGCGUCUGGACGACACAGAGCCCUACUUUAUUGGAAUAUUUUGUUUUGAGGCUGGCAUCAAGAUCAUCGCCCUGGGCUUUGCCUUUCACAAAGGCUCGUACCUGCGUAAUGGCUGGAAUGUAAUGGAUUUUGUGGUGGUCCUAACAGGGAUCCUUGCCACCGUUGGGGCUGACUUUGAUCUGACGACACUGAGGGCAGUGAGAGUGCUGCGGCCACUCAAACUGGUCUCCGGCAUUCCAAGUCUUCAGGUGGUAUUAAAGUCCAUUAUGAAAGCCAUGGUGCCUCUGCUGCAGAUUGGCUUGCUACUCUUCUUCGCCAUCCUCAUGUUUGCAAUCAUUGGCCUUGACUUCUACAUGGGGAAGUUUCACCGCACCUGCUUUAGAAUCGACACAGACAAACAAGUAGCAGAUUUCCCUUGUGGGCUGGAGGCUCCAGCAAGAACCUGUGCUAACGGCACAGCCUGCAGGGAGUACUGGACUGGACCCAACUUUGGUAUCACCAACUUUGACAAUAUCCUCUUCGCGGUUCUCACGGUUUUCCAGUGCAUCACAAUGGAGGGAUGGGUGGACAUUCUCUACAACGCCAACGAUGCUUCAGGGAACACAUGGAACUGGCUAUACUUCAUCCCACUUAUCAUAAUUGGUUCCUUUUUCAUGCUAAACCUGGUGUUGGGUGUGCUGUCAGGGGAGUUUGCCAAGGAGAGAGAGCGGGUGGAGAAGCGGCAAGAAUUCCUGAAGCUGCGCAGGCAACAGCAGAUUGAAAGGGAGUUAAUUGGGUAUCUGGAAUGGAUCUGCAAAGCAGAGGAGGUGAUGCUGGCUGAGGAAGACCAGAAUGCAGAGGAGAAGUCUCUGGAUGGAGCAUGGUACAAAAAGAAACACAACAGCUCUGUGCUGAAAAGGACUAAGAAGAGUAAGAAUGACCUCAUCAAUGCAGAAGAAGGCGAAGACCACUUCACAGACAUCUCAUCCGCUGGGUCGCCGUUCGCCCGGGCCAGCUUGAAGUGUAAGAACGAGAGCUCCUCUUACUUUAGAAGAAAAGAAAAAAGGAUGCGCUUCACCAUCCGCCAUCUGGUCAAGUCCCAAAGAUUCUACUGGACAGUGCUGUGUCUGGUUGGCCUCAACACACUGUGUGUAGCCAUUGUCCACUAUGACCAGCCUGAGUGGCUCACCUUUGCACUCUACCUAGCAGAAUUUGCCUUUCUUGGCCUGUUUCUGGCUGAGAUGUUCAUAAAAAUGUAUGGCCUUGGACCCCAGAACUACUUCCACUCAUCAUUCAACUGUUUUGACUUUGGGGUGAUCAUUGGCAGUAUUUUUGAGGUGAUCUGGGCUGCCAUCAAACCUGGGGCAUCAUUUGGGAUCAGUGUGCUGCGGGCUCUGCGGCUGCUCAGGAUUUUUAAAGUCACAAAGUACUGGAACUCUUUGAGGAACUUGGUGGUAUCCCUUCUCAACUCAAUGAAGUCAAUCAUCAGCCUGCUGUUCCUCCUCUUCCUCUUCAUUGUUGUCUUUGCUCUUUUGGGCAUGCAGCUGUUUGGUGGCCAAUUUAAUUUUGAGGACGAAACGCCAACAACAAACUUUGACACAUUCCCAGCAGCGAUUCUCACUGUGUUCCAGAUCCUAACUGGGGAGGACUGGAAUGCAGUCAUGUACCAUGGGAUCGAAUCCCAGGGAGGAGUUCACAGGGGAAUGUUCUCCUCUAUCUAUUUUAUUGUUCUCACUCUCUUUGGAAACUACACACUUCUCAACGUAUUCUUGGCUAUUGCUGUCGAUAACCUUGCAAAUGCACAAGAGCUUACUAAGGAUGAAGAGGAGCAGGAAGGUGCCAUCAAUAAGAAGCUUGCCCUCCAGAAGGCUAAGGAGGUAAAGGAGGUCAGCCCCACGUCAGCCACUAACAUCUCCAUUGCAGCUUUGGUAACACGCAGUCGAGGUAACGUGCACUCUAGCAGCCCAUCUAUCUGCAGUGUUAACUCCCUUAAGGAACAGCAGAAAUCAAUGAAGACAAUGUCUGUUUGGGAGCAGAGGGCCAACCAGCUGAGGAGGCAGAACCAAGCGAGCUGCGAGGCCCUCUACAGUGAGCUGGAGCUUGAGGAGCAUCUCCGCCUGUCCUCAGCCCUCCACACCCGGCCUGACAUGAAAACCCACCUUGACCGGCCGCUCGUUGUCGAGCCUCGUGAAGGGCCUUUCCCUGCUGCCCAUCAUCACCACCAUCACAAGUCUUGCAUGCCAGAGGCAGGGUUGACAGCCACUGAUCAUCCUCCCCCUGUUCCCCGGCACCACAACUGCCACAGAGACAGAGACGGGGACCGGGCAAAAGCAAGACAGGAUACAAAUGACAACAAUUUUACGAGUAAGGACGGAGGCCAUCAUGUCCAUCACAGGAACUCCAAGGAACACAAAGGCAGCCAGGGAAAUAAGCGAAAAAGUGAAGGGUCCCACAGAGAGAGAGGCAGGACACACAACCACCAGAGCUCAGUGGAUCACAGCGGAGCGGGAGGACUCCCUAGGGUGAGAGAGCAUCGGCAUCACUCGCACCGGCAGUCCAAAGGGGGCAACAGGACAGUAAACAGUGGUGGCUGGGCAGAGCCAAGAUCCCGCCACAAAGACAGACUGUCUAACAGGAAUGGGGAUCGACUUUCUAAAGAAGACAGUGGAAGCCCUGGAGAAAGGAUGAGGCAUCGGAUUCAUGGAUCCGGGGGCCAAUCAGUUGAAGAAGAGGAGUCCAACAAAAGAAAGAAGACCCACAGCAACAGGGACAAGUUCGGUGACUUGUCGGGACAGUCCUUCGCCUUCUCCCCCCAGCACAACUUUCAGGGGUGUCGCUGGCCACCUGACCAACCAGAGGACGCAGACAACCAGAGGGCGGUCAGAAGAACCGGCCAAACCUCCAUUCAAAUUCUUCCUGUGACUAUCACAUCCCCAUCUGGAGACCGUCCCUUUAUACAAAUGAAUAGUUUUGACUGUGAGACAAUGCCCAUGAAGGAGACUGGAUCCAAACCCAUCCUGCCUUACAGUUCCAUGUUCAUCUUUGGAAACACUAAUCUGGUGAGGCGGUUAUGUCACUAUAUUGUGACUCUGCGUUAUUUUGAGAUGUCCAUCCUGGUUGUCAUUACUAUGAGCAGUAUUGCUUUGGCAGCAGAAGACCCUGUCUGGAUAAACGCUCCUCGCAACAAUGUGCUCAAAUAUCUGGACUACGUCUUCACUGGUGUUUUCACGUUUGAAAUGGUGAUCAAGAUGGUGGACCUUGGCCUGUUGCUUCAUCCUGGAGCCUACUUCAGAGACCUCUGGAACAUUCUAGACUUCAUAGUGGUCAGUGGGGCACUGGUGGCUUUUGCAUUUUCGGGGACCAAAGGGAAGGACAUCAGCACAAUCAAGUCAUUGAGGGUUCUCAGAGUGCUCAGGCCUCUAAAAACCAUCAAACGUCUUCCAAAGCUCAAGGCGGUGUUUGACUGUCUGGUCAAUUCAUUAAAGAAUGUGCUGAACAUCCUCAUAGUUUACAUCCUCUUCAUGUUCAUCUUUGCGGUCAUCGCGGUUCAGCUCUUUAAGGGAAAAUUCUUCUACUGCACAGACGAGUCCAAGAGCCUCGAGAAGGACUGCAAAGGGCAGUUUCUUGACUACGACCAAGAUGAGGUGGCCCCCAUGCCCAGGGAGUGGAAGAAAUAUGAGUUCCACUAUGACAAUGUCCUUUGGGCCUUCCUGACCCUCUUCACGGUCUCCACUGGGGAGGGCUGGCCAACUGUUUUGAAGCACUCUGUGGAUGCUACCUUUGAAGACAUGGGUCCCAAUCCAGGCUACCGGAUAGAAAUGUCCAUCUUCUAUGUAGUUUACUUUGUGGUCUUCCCUUUCUUUUUUGUGAACAUCUUUGUCGCUCUCAUCAUCAUCACCUUCCAGGAGCAAGGAGACAAGGCCUUAUCUGAGUGCAGCUUGGAAAAGAAUGAGAGGGCUUGUAUUGACUUUGCCAUAAACGCCAGACCUCUGACACGCUACAUGCCUCAGGACCAACAAUCCUUUCAGUAUAGGAUGUGGAAGUUUGUGGUCUCACCCCCAUUUGAAUAUUCCAUCAUGAUCAUGAUUGCUCUCAAUACAAUAGUACUCAUGAUGAAGUUCCAUGGAGCUCCAGACUUCUAUGAAGCAAUGCUGAGGAACCUUAACAUAGUCUUCACAACCCUUUUCUCUCUGGAGUGUAUCCUCAAGAUCAUUGCGUUUGGUCCGUUGAACUACUUAAGGGAUGCCUGGAAUGUGUUUGACUUUGUCACAGUGUUGGGCAGCAUCACUGACAUCCUGGUGACAGAAAUCAACACCACGGACAAACUGCUGAACCUGAGCUUCCUGAGGCUCUUCAGAGCUGCUCGGCUCAUCAAGCUGCUAAGACAGGGCUACACCAUUCGCAUCCUGCUGUGGACCUUUGUCCAGUCCUUCAAGGCCCUGCCUUAUGUUUGCCUUCUGAUUGCUAUGCUGUUCUUCAUUUAUGCCAUCAUUGGGAUGCAGGUGUUUGGCAACAUUGCGCUGAAUGAGGAUACAGCUAUCAAUCACCACAACAACUUUCGUACUUUCCUCCAAGCUCUCAUGCUGCUAUUCAGGAGUGCAACUGGUGAGGCCUGGCACGAGAUAAUGUUAUCCUGUCUGAGUCAGCGAGCCUGUGACGAGCAUUCGGGGUCCCAUGGGAACGAGUGUGGCAGUGAUUUUGCAUACUUCUACUUUGUCUCUUUCAUCUUCCUCUGCUCUUUCCUGAUGCUGAACCUGUUUGUGGCUGUCAUAAUGGACAACUUUGAAUACCUAACCAGAGACUCCUCCAUCCUAGGACCUCAUCACCUCGAUGAGUUCAUCCGGGUUUGGGCCGAGUAUGACCCGGCUGCAUGUGGCCGUAUCAAGUACCUUGAUAUGUAUCAGAUGCUGCUCCACAUGUCCCCACCCUUAGGUUUGGGAAAGAAAUGUCCGCCAAGAGUCGCCUACAAGCGCCUCGUUAAAAUGAACAUGCCCAUUGCUGAUGACAACAGCGUCCAUUUCACCUCCACCCUGAUGGCCCUGAUUCGCACGGCCCUGGAGAUCAAACUGGCCUCAGGCAUGGUAGCCCAGUGCUUAUCUGAUGCCGAGUUAAGGAAGGAGUUGUCUACAGUGUGGCCCAGUCUCUCCCAAAAGACCAUGGAUCUGUUGGUCACACCUCAUAAAUCCAAUGAACUUACCAUUGGAAAGGUUUAUGCGGCCCUGAUGAUCUUCGACUACUACAAGCAGAAUCGAUCGAAGAGGCUGCAGCAGCAGCAACAACAGGGCGCGUCACGCUCCCAGUGCAAGGUCGGAGCUCUGUUUACGCCAUUGCUGCCUCUGACUCACAUGCAGGAGAAAGAUCUGCCUAUGAUGUUAAACAGUGUGGAGCCUCCCAACAUGCUUCAGCCUCAGCCCAAAACCCAUGCUGAGUCGCAGCCACAGACCAGACCUAGCUCCAACUCCCUCAACAAUGGAGGCACACUGCCAGGACGUAACCACAACAUCAAAGCAUCAUCUUCUUGGGUAAUGGAGAAACCUGAGGAAGUGGCCGGAGUUGAGACUAAGAGAACCGUGUUCAGGGGCCCAUCAAAGGACACACCAGACAUUGCUGUCAUGCAGGAAUCCGUGGAGAUAAAGAAAAUGGAGACCGGUGUCAGCGGCACAAUCCCAGUUCCUGGCACAGGUCUGGACAACAACGGCAGAGCAGCUUCUAUGCCUCGACUCAAUGCUGAACUGCCGACUGUUCCAGAUGGUAGCUGCAUGAAGCGGUCCGCCUCCAGUGUGGCCCCACAGCAACCCCAAGAGAUCAACCUGCAAGACUCCACCCUGGAGAAACCUAUCCAAGACCGGCCCCGCCGCCGCCACCGCCACCACCACCGCCAAUGCCACCGUCACCGAGAGAAGAGGCAGAGAUCGUUCGAAACAACCGCAGGUGGACAACUACCUAGAGCUGGUGCAGCAGGAGAGCCAGAGUCUGAAACGGCUGCCUCCAAAGAACGAGGACACGACCGCGGACGCUCCCACGACAGGAAGCAUUACUCCUCUGCAGAUAAGCAGCGAUACUAUUCCUGCGACCGCUACUGCAGCCGGGAACACUGCCCCACCAAAUCUGCUAACCCCAGCUGUGCCGUCUCCCCCAGCGGGGGGCAGGAAACCAGCAACAAGCAGGGCAGCGUUUGGGUUAAAGACAGCCCAGUGUCACUGAAUUCCAUUUAUAGCACGCCAAGCCGAGGACGUCGGCGGCUUCCCCGCCCCCCCGUGACUCCGCGGCAAGGGGUGGCCUACAAGACUGCCAAUUCAUCCCCGGUGCACUUUGUGUCCAGCCGGGCUUCUCUGAGCUUCGGCCUUUCGGAGCACGACGCCCUGCAGCAUGGUAACCUUCACUCUCCCUGCCCCGUCACUCGUUUCAGCUCUGAGCCCUUCUUGGGUCGGGGCCACACCGAGGACCUGGACAGCCUGUACGCCAGCCUCCAGGACCAGCUGGAGAUCUUUCAGGAUGCAGUGUCAGUGACUUUCAGCUCAAGUGCCGGACGCUCAUCUCAGACUACACUGCCUCGCAUGAUGGGAGCCCUGCUUCCUGCCCCGCAGCAGAACCUAGGGGUGUCUAACGGGUACCACUUCAGCAUUGGGGGAAGCACCAGCCCAGGCUCUGGUAUUAGGGCACAGGCAGAGGAUAAAUGGUGCUAGUGAAUUCUUGAGGAUUUGUGAUGGGUUUUAUAAUCUUCUUGGAAGGCUUCAGUUUCCAUCGUCAGUGUAUUUAUUGCUGUCUUUUUUUUAUCCUAACAUAGAUAGCUAAGUUUAAGGGGGGAAUCAAAGCAGGGAAGUGGGUAAUAUUUGAACAUUAAAAAAAAGUAAUCUUCAUCAAGGGGCUCGUAGCAUUACAAAACGGAAGACUUUAUAUAUAUCUUAUUGUAGUUUUGUCAAUUGGCUUUGACUCAAGCUUUUGCUUAACACCACCAUAUUAACCAUCAUACAUAAUUUAAUUACACAAUUAGUACCUAUUAUUAUUAUUAUUAUAUAUAUAUAUAUAU